GCCCGGCUCGGCGUCGGGAGCGCGCUCUGUGUGGCCGCUGCCGCCAUGUUGUUGUGGUUGUGAGAAGGCGGCAGCGGCGGAGGAGCAACCAGACCAGACGCUCCAGCGGCCCAGGCGCUGCCCCCCGCCGGCCCUGGCUGGGAGCCUCGUGGGUUGGCGGAGGAGGCCGUGCCGUGGCGGGCCUCGCCAUGUCCUGCCGCCCGGUCUGUUCAAAAUGGGUGCUAUGUAAGAGGUGCUGAGAUGGAUGGCUUCAUAAUACAAAGCAACUAAUAUAUUAAAAUUGCAUAAUAGAGACUAGGAGGAACCCCAGCUUUAUAUAGGAUUGCUGUUUUGGAAGCCUUUAAUUAAUGGGAUUAAUGUGUCAGAGCUGCAGUGAACAUGAAGAACUUUAAAAUACUCCAGUCCGAAAAUAAACCUGACUGUUGGCAAGAUUGUUGUAUCUUUCAAAGAUUGAAACUGAAUAUUGAUGAAAUCCAGAUUUUCUUGUGAAACCUUCUAGUAGAAAAAUUUCUUGGGACAAACUUCAUUUGAUCCAAGCGUAAAAGAAAGAAAAGCUUUGGCAGACACUGAGGAAGGGACGGGAUCUCUCCUCCUAAUCUGGGCCUCCUGUCAUGGAUGAAGAGACUCGGCAUAGCCUUGAGUGCAUCCAGGCCAAUCAGAUCUUUCCAAGGAAGCAGCUGAUCCGGGAGGAUGAGAAUCUUCAGGUUCCUUUCCUUGAACUUCAUGGAGAAAGCACAGAGUAUGUGGGCCGUGCUGAGGAUGCCAUCAUUGCUCUUUCUAAUUACAGACUUCACAUCAAGUUCAAGGAGUCUCUUGUUAAUGUUCCAUUACAGCUGAUAGAAAGUGUUGAAUGCCGGGAUAUAUUUCAGCUUCAUUUGACUUGCAAAGACUGCAAAGUUAUCAGGUGUCAGUUCUCAACCUUUGAGCAGUGUCAAGAGUGGCUUAAGAGACUGAACAAUGCAAUCCGACCACCUGCUAAAAUAGAAGAUCUCUUCUCAUUUGCAUACCAUGCUUGGUGCAUGGAGGUCUACGCCAGUGAAAAAGAGCAACAUGGAGACCUGUGCAGACCAGGGGAACAUGUGACGUCAAGGUUUAAAAAUGAAGUGGAGCGGAUGGGUUUUGAUAUGAACAAUGCCUGGAGGAUUUCCAACAUCAAUGAGAAGUACAAGCUAUGUGGUAGCUAUCCACAGGAGCUCAUAGUGCCUGCCUGGAUCACUGACAAAGAACUAGAAAGUGUAGCAAGCUUCAGGUCCUGGAAGCGCAUCCCUGUCGUCAUCUACAGGCACCAGAGCAAUGGAGCUGUCAUUGCCCGCUGUGGACAGCCCGAGGUCAGCUGGUGGGGCUGGCGGAAUGCUGAUGACGAGCACCUGGUGCAGUCAGUAGCCAAAGCCUGUGCCUCCGACUCCCGAUCAAGUGGCAACAAGCUGUCAACUAGGAACAGUGCUCGAGACUUCCCCAAUGCAGGAGACCUUUCUGAUGUGGAGUUUGAUUCUUCUCUGUCAAAUGCGUCAGGAGCAGAGAGUUUAGCCAUCCAACCGCAGAAGCUUUUGAUCUUGGAUGCACGUUCCUAUACUGCGGCUGUCGCGAACCGAGCCAAGGGAGGGGGCUGUGAGUGCCCAGAGUAUUACCCGAACUGUGAAGUUGUGUUUAUGGGGAUGGCAAAUAUUCAUUCAAUUCGGAGGAGUUUCCAGUCUCUGCGGUUGCUGUGCACGCAGAUGCCAGAUCCCGGAAAUUGGCUCUCAGCUCUUGAAAGCACAAAAUGGCUCCAUCACCUAUCUGUGCUUUUGAAGUCGGCACUUCUGGUAGUGCAUGCUGUGGAUCGUGACCAGCGACCGGUGCUAGUGCAUUGCUCAGAUGGCUGGGACCGCACCCCCCAGAUUGUGGCACUGGCUAAGCUCUUACUGGAUCCUUAUUACCGAACCAUAGAGGGUUUCCAGGUCCUUGUGGAGAUGGAGUGGCUGGAUUUUGGUCACAAGUUUGCUGACCGGUGUGGUCAUGGGGAGAACUCAGAUGAUCUGAACGAGCGUUGCCCAGUGUUCCUGCAGUGGCUUGACUGCGUUCAUCAGCUUCAGAGGCAAUUUCCUUGCUCUUUUGAGUUCAAUGAAGCAUUCCUUGUGAAACUGGUGCAACAUACCUAUUCCUGCCUCUUUGGAACAUUCCUGUGCAACAAUGCCAAGGAGAGAGGGGAGAAGCAUACUCAGGAACGGACAUGUUCUGUGUGGUCACUGCUUCGGGCAGGCAACAAGGCUUUCAAAAAUCUACUGUAUUCCUCUCAGUCAGAAGCCGUGCUGUACCCUGUGUGCCACGUGCGUAACCUGAUGCUGUGGAGUGCAGUAUACCUGCCCUGCCCAUCGCCGUCCACCCCCGUGGAUGACAGCUGUGCGCCGUACCCAGCCCCUGGCAACAGUCCUGAUGAUCCGCUCCUGAGCCGGCUACCAAAGACUAGAUCAUUUGACAAUUUGACCACAGCCUGCGACAACACAGUGCCUCUAGCCAGCCGGCGCAGUAGCGACCCCAGCCUGAAUGAGAAGUGGCAGGAGCACCAGCACAGACGCUCGCUAGAAUUGAGCAGCCUGGCUGGCCCUGGAGAGGAGCCUUUUGAUCCUGACAGCUUGGGGAAGCCAAGCAAAGUGCUGGGUGGCGCCGAGCUGUCUGUUGCAGCUGGAGUGGCCGAGGGGCAGAUGGAGAACAUUUUGCAAGAGGCCACCAAAGAGGAGGUUGGGGUAGAGGAGCCUGCCCACAGAGGGAGCAUCGAGAUGCAGGAGGGGAAAGAGGAGGUUCUCUUAGGAAAAGAGAGCAGGGCCAAGGCUCCUGAGGGCUCAGGCACUGAACUCCAGCCAGCACCAGCACUGGACGCUGCUGCUCUGAGGAGCCCCCCGGGCACCAGCCUUUCUCUCUUCUCACAGGGUAUUCCUGAGCAGCAGGGUGGGCACAGUGUCCUUCCCAGUUCUCUCCAGGAGCCCCUCGGGGGAGACGAGGCCCAGGAGGUCCCUGUGGAGCAGCCUCAAGUAGGAGCUGUUGCAGAGGACAGGGAGGAAGCAAAUCUUCCAAUCCCAGCAGAUGCAAACAUUGGUUAUGGUGCCUCACAAUCAAGUUCUCUGCUGCCCUCCCAAGGCUCAUUUGAGGCCAGAGGACCAAACAUAGACAGUCCCAUGGACAUGUUAAUGGAAGAUAAAAUGAAGUCAGAAGGUGGGUCCCAAGGCCAUCACAGACCUUACCUGCUAAACAGUGACAAGUUCAGUGGCAAGGACAUGCUUCCUGAAGCCAUGGAGCCCAGGCCUUCGGAGAGGAGCCUGGCUGAGAGGCCCCAAGUGGGACCCGUGGUGCAUAGGACUUCCCCUGGCAGUGCCCGCGGCCCAGUGCAUUCUUCUUGUGCCUUGCCGGUAGCCGAAAGUAAAGAGGGGCUAGUGUGCAAUGGUGCCCCAGAGACGGAAAAUAAGGCCCCAGAGCAGCCCCCAGGGCUUAGCACCCUCCAGAAGUCCCCCACCCCCAAUGGGCACUGCGCCAAUGGCGAGGUGGGUAGAAGCAAGGACUCACUGAGUCGCCAGCUGUCUGCUAUAAGCUGCACUUCUGCCCACUUACACUUGAGGAACUUGCACCACAAGUGGCUGCACAGCCAGUCAGGGAGGCCGUCUGCAACUGGCAGCCCUGACCAGCCUUCUCGCAGCCACCUGGACGACGAUGGCAUGGCUGUGUACACGGACACUAUCCAGCAGCGCCUGCGUCAGAUUGAGUCGGGCCACCAACAGGAAGUGGAGACCUUGAAGAAACAAGUGCAGGAGCUGAGGAGUCGCCUGGAGAGCCAGUACCUGACCAGCUCCCUACGCUUCAAUGGGGACUUUGGGGAUGAAGUGACUUCAAUCCCCGACUCGGAAAGCAAUCUGGAUCAGAACUGUUUGUCUCGCUGCAGCACAGAGAUUUUCUCUGAAGCCAGCUGGGAGCAGGUGGAUAAACAGGACACGGAGAUGACCCGUUGGCUCCCUGACCACCUGGCUGCCCACUGCUAUGCGUGCGACAGCGCCUUCUGGCUCGCCAGCAGGAAGCACCAUUGCAGGGACACUGACCGUGUUGAUGAAACGUGGAAUUGUGGGAAUGUAUUCUGCUCCAGUUGUUGUAACCAGAAGGUUCCAGUUCCCAGCCAGCAGCUCUUUGAACCCAGCCGAGUGUGCAAGUCUUGCUAUAGCAGCCUACAUCCCACGAGCUCCAGCAUUGACCUUGAACUGGAUAAGCCCAUUGCUGCCACUUCAAACUGAAGCUCAGUGACCUGGGCGGGCAGAGGCCGAGCUGCUGUUCCUCUGACAGGCCCACAGCCUGGGCAGACUGAGAGGCCCGUGCACUUUGGAUUGGGGGCGUGGAACCACCUGUGCAGAGUGACAGAAAUUUGGGAUGUACCACUGGAUUGUAGAUUGAUUUUUCUUUCCUGUUUUUUUCUCUCCCUUUUCCAUCCUCCUUCUGCCUUCCCAUAAGGAAAAAGUCCCCUGGUUGUCUUUUAGAAAAGAAUUUUUGGUUUGAAUGAAAGACCAGAGGUUGCCAGGCUGCCUGUAACUAUUGAGCUGCCUGUUGUCAGGUGACACCGAGGGUUGGCUUGGUUCCUCAGGAUGAGAGGGGGCCUGAGAGAGGAAGGGAAGGCCAUUGCUGCCAUUUGGGAAGGCCUCGUGCCACCACCACAUCAGAGCUGGUUGGAAAAACCUUUACUGUGACGAGGCUGGAAGCAUCUUCCCUAAGAGCGCCUCCCUCUGCGAGGGGCCGGGCCAGUCCCGUUUCACAGACAGAUAAGUGGCUUUGGCAUUUGGAGGGAGGGGCGCAUAGUAAAUGGAUUAUAGUAAAAGGCCCCCUUUGGGGAAGGAAGGUGUAUGCUCUUCUGAGGCAAGUGAGAGGGGUUGGGGACGGGUGGCCAGCAUGUUGUCCCCCAUGGAAUGCUGUUUUUAAUUUGACCCAGAUUGUCUAGGGCUCCCUUCACUGUCGUUAGUGUGUCUCCCUAGGCCAGGCUGUGGACUGCUUCCCACCUGCAGGCAUAAAGUCAGACAGGCCAGAGUGCACUGUCCUGUUGCUAUGGUCAAGGCCAAAGCCUGCCCUGAGCCCAGGCACCUGGAAGCCCCUUCUGGGGCCCCAAACAAUCUCUCUUCCUCGGCUAGCACAGGGAUAUCCAGACUCAGGGUUCCACAAAUUCCCCAUUCCCAUACCAAACAAAUCAUGGACCUCUCCCUCAUGGGACAGAAUCAGCCUUUUAGAGUGUAAGCCUCUGGAAAAGGGAGCAUGUCCCAUACAAUCAGCCUCCCUCCUCCUGCCCUGGGGCAGCAGGGAGGGCCCACCAAUCCCCCUGCCCUGUUCCUGUGCUGCUGGCCAGCAGUGAGGGUCCACAGUGACUCUGCAGUCCUUAGAGUGGCACAGCCCGUUUGCAAUGGGGGACACCUUCCCUCAGUAACCUUUGAUGUGGUCCAAAAAGAGCCUUAAAUCAAGAAUAUUUGUGGUGGAGGGGGGUAUAGGCAAGGGGUAGAGAGGAGUUUAGGUUUGUGCUUUGGAAUCUUGGCAUCCAUGUUUUGUGCCUGCCCUCCCUCUCAGGGGAAGGGCCAUGCUUGGCUCUGCUAAAAGCUGCUAACUGGUAACAGGGCGGAUUGUGGGGUGAGCGGUGGCGGUGAGACCAGGGAACUAACUCGUCUGACCCUUUGGAAGCAGUUCCCUGGCCAAGGGCAGGUUGUGUCUCAGGAAGGUGGCUUCUGUGUGUGCCUGGGUGUGGUUAAGACGUGGCCCAGAAGCCUUCCUUGGAGCUUAGUCCAGCAAAGCCAAGAGCGUCUGAGCGUGUCUCCAACUUCCCAGUGGCAGCAGGUUGCUCAGAAUUUGAAUUUAGUGAAACAGGGUGUAGUUCUUCUCCGCACUCUGUGUGGUCUGCCCGUGCAGGUAGGGAGAAGUCAGUCUAAUUGAAGAUUGUGCAGUUCCUAAUGACAGGUGCCAAGAGGUUAUGAUACGGGUUUCUUGGGUCUGAUGUACAGUGUGAAUAAAUGCUUGCAGCUCUUA